CAUCGUCAGCAGGAAGCGUCUGUCGCGCUGCCUUUUCACGUCGCGCUGUUGGAUGCUUUAUUUGCGCAGCUGCUAAUGUUUUAACGCAUCUUAGAAAAGCUACGACACAACUUUUCUACUUUUGCGUUUUUUUUUUCCUUUUACUCGUCUCGCAGUUUAUUCGGGGCCCAUUUUUUACAAAAGGAUAACGUCGUCGGACAACAACUGUGGAGAUGACGUCUGGAGGUCUGGGACUCGCCGAGGGUCUGGCUCAAGACAUCAGUCAGGACGAGUUGGACUUUUCCGACUUGUUUCUGUAUAAUCCACCUGGAGAAGACUUCCCUGUGGGAUGUGACAAGGAUGAUCCGAGUGCUCUGCUUCAGAAUGAACCCCACCCUCCUCUGCUGGUGGUCGACCACCAGGCUGCGUUCAUUCCCGCCUCCGGCCACAGCCCGUCUCCCCACCCCACCGCCACAGAGGCCGCGUUUGACUCCCUGGGUCUGACGUCGCGCCCGGGGAACAUCCCUGCCCCCAGCCCCCGGAUCGAGAUCACGCCGUCGGGCGACUCCCUCAGCUCUCAGCCCCUGGAGCCGAGCCCCGGCUCCAAGGCGCUGGCGGCCUACAGGGACUGCGUGAGUCCUGCCAGCAGCAACUCCUCCACCGGGUGGCCGGCCGAGGGCUCCCCGUCCCCGUGCCCGUCCCCCUCCAUCUGCGGCGGCAUGGGCCUCUCCGCCCUGGACCUCUGCCCGGGCCUCCAGGGCAUCCACACUUCCUCCACCUACUCCUCCCCCGGGGGCUCGCUGCGCAACAGCAUCACGGACGAAACCUACCUCCUGCCGCAGCACCAGCACCAGCACCAGCGCAGCGCCGCGCCGCACCCCCACCAGCGCUCGCGCUCGGCCUCGCCGCACGGGAAGCGCGCCCACGACCCGGCGCAGCCGUGUCAGGGGGCCACCCCCGUCAAGCAGCGCUCCCGGAGCCCCAGCCCCAUCCCCUCCCCCCACGAGGGCUCCUACUACCUCCACCAGUACCAGGCCCAAGCGGACUUCCAGGUACCGGCUCAGAGCUCCUGCGCGUAUGGAGAGGGCUACGACUGGGCCACUGAUCAGAAGAGGAUGGGUCGGGCCGGCGCCGACCUCAUGUCCGACACUUUCUAUCGGUUGCCGGCCGUGUGGGCUGCCCCCCACCCGGUCCCUCACGGGGCACACAGUUCCCUCUCCGUGGCCCCGCUCCCCUCCCUGGAGUGGUCGCUCCCCAGUCAGUCGGGCCAGUAUGACCUGCGAAUCCAGCAGCAGCCCAGGUCCCACCACAGAGCCCAGUACGAGACCGAGGGCAGCCGCGGGGCCGUGAAAACACCGAAAGGAGGGCAUCCGGAAGUUCAGCUCUGCGGGUACCAGGGCCCGGCUCCGCUGGGGCUGCAGGUCUUCAUCGGCACGGCGGACGAGCGGCUGCUGAAGCCCCACGCCUUCUACCAGGUCUACCGGAUCACCGGCAAGACGGUGACCACGCCCAGCUCGGAGAGGAUGAUCAGCGGGACCAAGGUGCUGGAGAUCCCUCUGGAGCCCAAGAACCACAUGAGAGUGGUCAUUGACUGCGUCGGCAUCCUGAAGCUGAGGAACGCAGACAUCGAACUGAGGAACGGCGAGACGGACAUUGGACGGAAGAACACCCGCGUGCGUUUGGUGUUCCGCGUCCACGUUCCUCAGCCCGGAGGCCAGGUCGUGUCCCUCCAAGUCGCCUCUGAUCCCAUUGAAUGCUCUCAGCGCUCGGCUCAGGAGCUGCCGGCCGUCGAGAGGCAGGACCUGGAGCGAUGCUCGGCGCUUGGUGGCCAACAAAUGGUCCUCACCGGACAGAACUUUACACCAGGCUCCAAAGUCGUGUUCUCUGAGAAGACACAGGAUGGGCAGCAGAUCUGGGAGGUGGAGGCCACCGUGGACAGAGAUAAAACACAAGCUAACCUGCUGUUUGUUGAAGUCCCGCCUUAUCGAGACCAGACCAUUUGCCACCCAGCCAAAGUCAACUUCUACGUCAUCAACGGGAAGAAGAAACGCAGUCAGCCUCAGCACUUCCUCUACACCCCUGCGAUAGCCAUUAAAGCAGAACCACUGGAUGACUAUCAUUUGCAUUACGGCUACUCAGACAGUCAGUCUCAGUCUGGUUUAUCAAUGAAGUCACUCUACCAUCACCUGGAGCAGGACAACAGCCUCCAAGCCUUCAGCGUGUCUCCAUCACUGCACCAUCUAUCCACUGUAGACCCCAGGGCCUGCAUGUUAACAGCCGAUGCCCUGGACGACCAAGCAAUGUAUUACCAGUCCAAGGCUGGCUCUCUGAUCAGCAGCCAUGUGCUGUACCACACUGCCAGCCAGCAGUACAGCAGCAGUGGCACCACCCUCCUUGGUGGUUCCCCAAAGGCCCUCCAUCCUGCAUCCGCUCCCAGUCAGUGUGUCAGUACCAGAAUCCCUGUGGGCAAACUGACAGAAGGUCCUCACGCCGGUGAUUCGUUUGAAGCCUGUUCGGGGCCAAGACAUCGAAGUUUUGUGCAGUCAUCACUGCCGCUGGGGAGGUCACCACCUUUAAGAUACAUCCAAGGUCAGGCUCAAGGAAAGGGAGGAUGCAGAGGAGAGCCGGAUGGAGGAAACCACGGGGAACAGACUCCAGAAAGGGUCAUUGUUAAACAAGAGAACCUCAGCUAUGCCUACCUGGAAGAUGUAAAUGACAUCAUAAGAAGGGACCUGAAAGGCCACAACGGAGAUUGACACUGGAGGCGUGCAGCUGUCCGGAUGUCCACCGACUUCUGAGUAUAGGCAGACAGUUUAUUUUGAAGAAGUCAUGAACUACAAACAUUAAAACCCUACUGAAAUAUGUAAUUUACAUAAUCAAAACGGUUGGUGGCAGAUGUUUACAACAAACAAAUGAGACCAAUCCAUUAGAAGUUUGUGUUGUCUUUUUAUUUUGUGAUUCAGACUGGUUUCACUGUCUGUAUGCAGUCCUAAGCUACAGCAUAUAAAAGGAGUCUGCCCAUUGUUCAUUUGUAAGCCUUUGAUAUUAACAAUGUUAGGAAAGUAGGAAAUUAAGUAUAACAUAUACUUUUAUAUCAAGUUUUAUAUAAAUCUUUGUGCAUUUAUAACCUGUCUGACAUCUCUUUGUAAGCUUGUAUAAAUAUAUUAUAAUAAAUGAAUUUUGUUUAUAUAAA